GUUAAAUGAUUCGUUUUGUUAGUUGUUUGACGUAACUUGAAGAAGACCCCAAAGCUGGUAGCUAACUGCAACUGGUUAUUGUGAAUCAACAAUCUUCAAGUUUUCAAUAUUGAAUAUGGAUAUUCUUAAAGCUGAAAUAGCAAGGAAGAGGAAGGUGAUGGAAGAGAAACACCUUCUAGAUGAUAACAAAAAGUACUUCAAGCGAGCUGAUCUUGCACGGAAGGAAGAGGAAGAGUAUUACAAAAGAUGUGGCUACAAGGUUGCUAUUGAAAAGCCCGUGGGACAGCCGGAGCAGAAAGAGGAAGAACCGAAGCCAUCCAGUUCAUCGAAUCCCGUGCUCGAGCUGGAGCUAACAGAGGAGAAGCUUCCAAUGUCCCUCUCUCGACAGGAGGUGAUCCGCCGGCUUCGGGAGCGUGGAGAGCCUAUCCGGCUGUUCGGCGAGUCUGACUAUGAAGCCUUCCAGAGGCUGAGGAAAAUUGAAAUCCUCGCACCAGAAGUCAACAAGGGCUUGAGGAAUGACCUGAAGGCUGCCAUGGAUAAGAUUGACCAGCAGUACCUCAAUGAGGUUGUGGGAGGACAGGAGGCUGGUGAGGUCGACACACAGCACGACCUGAAAGUGCACGAGGAAAACACCACCAUAGAGGAACUGCAGGCUCUGGGAGAGUCCUUGGGUACUGGAGAUGACAAUGGCGACCAGGAUGUCAUUCACAAAGUCUUAAGGUUCUUGUUAGGUGUGUGGGCUAAGGACCUGAAUUCAAGAGAGGAUCAUGUUAAGAGAAGUGUCCAGGGCAAGCUGGCCAGUGCUACACAGUCGCAGACAGAAUCUUACCUCAAGCCCCUCUUCAGGAAGCUGCGCAAGAAGACUCUGCCCGCAGACAUCAAGGAGUCCAUCACAGACAUUAUCAAAUUCAUGCUGCAGAGAGAGUAUGUGAAGGCCAAUGACGCCUACCUACAGAUGGCCAUUGGCAACGCCCCCUGGCCCAUCGGAGUGACCAUGGUGGGCAUCCACGCCCGUACGGGACGAGAGAAGAUCUUCUCCAAACACGUGGCGCACGUGCUGAACGACGAGACCCAGCGGAAGUACAUCCAGGGAAUGAAGAGGUUGAUGACCAUCUGCCAGAAGCAUUUCUCCACAGACCCCUCUAAGUGUGUGGAGUACAAGGCCCUCUGAGUCUCUACGGAGAUUAUGUCCUUUUUGUGUGUGUGUGUGUGUCUGUGUGUCUGUGUACACAAGACAUAAGAAACACUUACACAUGUGUCCAUGUGUAAAUAGAUGAGGACAUGUCAUUCUUCAAGUCAUUUUACACAAAUGUCCCAACACUGCUUCAUCAUGUGCAUACAGUGUGUGUGUGUGUGUGUGUGUGUGUGAGAGAGAAUUGUGUUUUGGGCUUAUGAGGGAUGAGGUGCCUAAGUUUUAUUAUGCAGAUCUCUCCAGACCAGUGUGGAGUGGAGGGUGGGAAUUGCCUGUUUUAGAGGGGUGUCUAUUUUAGGGCCCAAACUGUCUUUCACCACCAUGUUGUUCACCUGUAUUUUCAUGUUUUAAUUAAACAUUCUCAACCAA